AUGGGUACUCACCGAGAGAUCAAAAUUCCGACGAAAGUCACGGUGACAGGAACGUUCAACGUCGAAGCGUUGCCAGCUGAAACGGCUGCAAAGGCUUCCGAGAUUCUUCAAAGUAACCAUGACAACUAUCACAUCUAUAUUCACGAUCUAGGCCUCCACAAUCAUAUCCUCCAUCAUAUACUGGCUAUCUAUGCGUUAGGAGGAACGAAUGCACAGCUCGAUAAGGCAUAUAAGCUUGCACUGGAUUCGCAACGCCCAACCCGACGACCAGAUAUUCAGCGAGUGUUAGACUUUCAAGAUCCGGAAAGGUUCAAGCAGUGCCUUGGACAAGGGGAAUACUACGACGACUAUUUCGCCUUUUUCCAAAAUGAAAUUGGUGAAAAUGGGGUACCCAAUACUGUCAACAAGUAUCUUUUCAGCGGUGAUGAAACAGCGGAAGACAUGCUGCGCCGGUUUUUCAGUGGAUUUCUCCACUCGCCAAUCCACCUAGGAUAUGCUAUCGAAUUUGAUCAACCGCUUAUCAUGGCCGAAGCAUUGGCUCUGACAGCGGUCCAUGAUUGCUUUUUUGGCGAAGUCUUGACCGAUAUCGAGGCUGCAGCGCGAAAAUCAGAUGGUAACGACAGCCUCAUCAAUCUGCAGCGGGAAAUCUACUCCAACAGUAAACUUCGAGAUGCAAUGAAGUAUGAACAUAGCGUUUUUCAGAUCCGGGAUGGACUGCUCGCACAUGCAAAAGACGAAUUCAUAAAAGUUGUCGGUAGCUGGAAGGUGACGCCUGAAGACUUGCAGGAAAAGACUGCUGAAUCUCUCAACUCAACUGUUUACUGGACAUCUCUCGCACAGCGACCCGAGAAGCAGAUUCGGGUUGACUUUUUCCUCAUGCAUUCGAUUACAGCUGGGUCGCUUUGGCCGGUGAUCAACAGCACCCCGUGGAUCUCUACCGAGUCGAAAUGCCGGCUUUUGGAAUGGAAAGGCCGCGCUGAUCUGAUUCUAUACUGCCAGACUGGAGCCCCGUGUCCGAGACCUGAAGAAUUAGCUUCUUACCAGCCACAUAUUCCAUCUGGAUGGGGUGAGGUUUUCCGGCGAGCCUGCGAGUAUGAAGAUGAUGGUCAUUUGGUUAAACUGAUCCGAGGGGUCGCCACAACCGCUCAAGUAAGCAAGCAGUAUGCCCAUAAAGCAGAUUUUAUGAUCAAGAGCGAUGAGGAGUUUCUCAAGAUUGCGCAUAUGGUUAUUGACUCCGCCGAACAAUUCAACCAAGAGUCCGUAGAGCAGGAGAGGGAGAUGAUUUGCGCCGAAUACAAACAUGCGAGCUGGAUGUCCACCGAGAUUCAACGAGUGACUGCACGCUGGCCUCGACAUGUGGGGUUUGAACAGGCCUGGUUCCAUGUUCCCUCCAGGAAGACGAAUGGGUCGGCGCAUCUUUAA